AUGGGGAAAACGGACAGGAAGUGGAGGGCCAUGAAGGAGGACCUGGUGGAGGAACGAAGACGAGCGAUCUCCCUCGCACGAACGGACCGAAAACCCUGGCCCAGCCCCGCUACUGAGCCACUAUUCUUAACAGGGUAA